AUGUCGCUUAAAGGCCUCAAGGACUUUCCAACAAACCUGAAAGAAGCCAUAGAUUGGAUUCUGAGGGUUACCAAUAAGGAUGGACUUGAUAGCGGCAAAAAAACUGACGAGCAGACGGUAAAGGAAUUGGCAGGGGCCGUCGUUGCCUUAACCGUAUUCACGGCCAUUUUAGCCCCAACAAUUCCCUAUUUCGCCCAUCGUUUCGGGAUGCUGGACUCCACCAUGCCCUAUUUGAACACAAACCCAGCCAUGGCAAUAGGUUGCUGUGUUGGAUUUGCGCUGCUUGUAGCUCUCGGCGGUGCUGCCGUCAAAACGUUUACUUCCAGGUCUAAAUCGCAAAAGUGUGAUGAACUGGAAAAAGUGAAACAAGAACUGGAAAAAGUGAAACAAGAGGCGAAAAAACAAAUGCCACCACCACCACCACCAUGUAAACCCACAGUAUCGCCCAAACAAAUGAAAUUACAGCGCAGAAAACAACUAUUAGGGGAACAAGUACAUGACCUUCCCGAAAAGUGCCCCUGCAGCGACGAAUGCAAGUUUUUUUGCGGUUAUAAUUGCAAAUGUCAUCAACUCAAGCGCAGCGUUCUGUUUUUAUUUUUGUCAAUUUGGGGAGUGGCCAUGGCUUUUGAUUGUCUCCGCCUCAGCGAUAAGGAGUACCCCUCCUAUCUGCGCAUUCCUAUUAGCUCAGAAGAUGGAGAGAGUGCUGCGAGCAGCGCCUACUAA